CCUCUCCAGCCAUAACCCCCCAUGCCUCCCUAACAAUCGGCACCCCCCCAAACGCAUACGUAUGCACAGCAUCACGCAUGAACCCCCUCAGCUGCGUCGCGUCGGAGACGUGCCCGGCCUGCUUGGCGGCUUCGAGACCGCCUGAUGCGACGAAGCCGCCGGUGGGUAGGGCCGAGUCGCCGAGGAGGAGGAGGAGCCAGUCUUCGGUUGCGGUGGGGGUUGGGAUUGGUUGUGAUGGUGGGGUGGUCAUUGUGAUGGGGAUGUCGUUGGGACUGAUGGGAUGUGAACCUGGAUUGUGAACUGUGAAUUUCGCAAGCCGCGCCAAGAGAGUUCGUCCUGCUUCUCCUGCUUCGUCUUCGUGUGCAAUUUCGCAACCGAAACAAGACCAUCCAGGGAAAUGCCCUCCCGCUCACCCUCACCAACUAGAGCACGGCGCUCGCAAAGCCCUGUCUCACAUAGACGACGUAGUGGCGGUCACAGUCGGUCACGCAGCCCAAGACACCGAGGAGGGGACACAUAUCGCCCGGUACCGCGGCGAGAUCGUGACGAAGACACAGGCCGCGACCGCUCGCCGGCGCGACGGCGGCGAAGGGAUUCGAUAGAGGGGGUGGAUGUGGAUAUUAGGAGAAGGAGCAGUGGACGCGAUAGGAGCCGGUCAUCAAGCGGUUCGCGAGACAGGCAGCGGCGGGGGUCGAGCCGGGACCGGGACCGAGGUCGAAAGCAGAAAGGAAGACGGCGGAGC